GCGACAGCACACAACACCCCACAUACCCCAUAUACCCAUCCAUCCAUAACUCACAUAGCCCGCAAAUAAAAAUGGCCACUUCCGAUCUGAUCCUGCUCUCCAUUUUCCUCCUGAGCGCCACCGUCACCCACCUCACAUCCGCCCAGCAGAUCAGGGAAAGUAACGAAAAGGAGCGGAGCGUGCGAUUGCUGGAUCGAUUCGAUAACCGAUAUCCCGACGGAAGUUACGAGUAUCGAUUCGAGCUGGACGACGGAACGGCGCGUUACGAGCGCGGAUAUUUUGCCAAGAUCAACGAUGUGAAGACCCUCAUGGUCGUGGGCUACUACGCGUAUCGGAUGACCGACGGGCGAUACAUCACCGUGUUCUAUAACGCCGAUCAAUUUGGCUAUCGGCAGAAUCAGUCGAUCACGCCGCAAGAGUAUCCCAACCUGCCGCGCUCCAUCGAGGUGCCCAUGGCCAGCGAUUCUGAUUCCGUUUCCAAUUCCCAAUCGCAAUCCCAAUCCCGGCUGGAGUCCCAUGGAAACCCCUCCCUCCCCUCCCCCUCCGCGACGACGACGACGACAACGCCCCGGGGGGCGGGGACGAGUCGCAGGGGCCGCUACUGA